CGCGCGCGCCCGCUCGUCGCGAAAGAGCGCCUCGAGCGCGCGAGGGAGUGCCUCUCGUACCCGCCCGACGGCAAGACGGUCGUCCUCGGGAAGAACCGACGGUUCCACUUCGACGAGGUGUACCACCCGGACGCGGAGCAGUGCUCGGUGUACGAAAACCUCGUGUCGCCGCUCGUGGAGUCGUGCUUUAACGGCUACAACGCGACCGUUUUCGCGUACGGACAAACGGGCAGCGGGAAGACGUACACCAUGGGCUCCUCCGCGUCCAACGCGCUCACGGAGGACGAGGUGGGCAUCAUCCCUCGCGUCAUCUCCGACGUCUUCGCGGGCGCGGAGAAACUCAGAGGCCAAUCGGAGUGCGUCGUGCGAUGCGCCUUCUUAGAGGUCCACAACGAAGAAGUGCGAGACUUGCUGCAUCCGGACACGCCGACGAAGGGGAUCUCGAUACGAGAGCGCGCGGACGGCGCCAUCGUCGUGAGCGGCAUUCGCGAAGAGCGGACGCGAUCGUACGACGACAUGCUGCGUCUGCUGGAGAACGGCUCCGUCGCGCGGACGACGGGCGCGACGAGCAUGAACGCCGGAUCGUCGCGCUCGCACGCGAUAUUCACGAUCAUCCUGGAGCAGCGGCACCUGACGCGAGAGCGCAUGCGCGCGAACCGAGGCGCGUACAGCAGCGCGAAGUUCCACCUCGUCGACUUGGCGGGUUCGGAGAGAAACAAGCGCACGCGCGCCAUCGGCGCGCGGUUCAAGGAGAGCAUAAACAUCAACAGCGGGCUGCUCGCGCUCGGGAACGUCAUCAGCGCGCUCGCGGGGGAGGAGCAGAGGACGUUGGCGACCGCGCGAGGGGAGGCGCCGCCGCCGAAGACGCACGUGCACGUGCCGUACCGAGAGAGUAAACUCACGCGAUUGCUUCAAGACUCGUUGGGGGGAAACUCGCGGACGUGCAUGAUCGCGUGCGUGUCGACCGCGGAUCAAAACUUGGAGGAGACGUUAAGCACGCUGAAGUACGCCGCGCGCGCGAGGAACAUUCGGAACAAGGUGAUCGUGAACAGGGAC